CAGAAGCUGGUCAGAGAAGUGACGGGCUGUCAGUGAGCUGUUGGUGUCCGUCCGCAGCCACAGACACAAAGCUUUGUGAAUGGGAAAGGAAGAGGACUUGCCUAACACUCUGACAAACGGGCGCGUGGAGAAUAUAGCAGCUGAGAAGUUCACGGCUCUUUCUGUAACAUCUGGCACUUUCCUGUACUUUAGCUGAAACCGAGAGAAGCUAUACAUUUAGCUAUUCACAAAGACGAUUCCAAGUUCCAGCAGUAAGGUUGCUAUGGUGAACAGCAGGGUGGAGGCGCCCACAGUGGCAGUGAUGGGCGGGGCCGGGGCUGCAGCGGGGAGGUUGUGCGCAGGAUGUGGAGGUCGAAUCGCAGACCGCUUCCUGCUCUUCUCCAUGGAGCGUUACUGGCACACACGAUGUCUCAAGUGCUCCUGCUGCCACGCUCAGCUGGGCGAGUACAGCAGCACCUGCUACAGCAAAGGAGGCAUGAUCCUCUGCAAGAACGACUACAUCAGGCUGUUUGGACACAGUGGAGCCUGCAGUGCUUGUGGACAGUCUAUACCUGCAAGUGAGAUGGUGAUGCGAGCACAAGGCAAUGUUUACCACCUUAAGUGUUUUACCUGUGCGACCUGUAGGAACCGGCUGGUCCCUGGCGAUCGCUUUCACUACGUCAAUGGGACGAUCUUCUGUGAACAUGACCGGCCGGGAGGAGGUCUGCUCAGUGGACAUCCAACUCCCCUGCAGGCCAACAGCAUGAUGUCUGACCAGAAGGUCUGCUGAGGAAGAGGAGGAAAAACCAAAUGUGUGCCUUCUCCCCCACCUUCCUCCUCUGUCUCUCCUUCACCCUCUUCCUCUACCUGUAAAUCCGGCCAUUGGUUGACCAUCCUCCAGUCUGAUGUACUGUCACUCCACAGUCUGGAUGAAGUCAUUACUGCGACUCGUUUAGAUUUCAACAUCCCAACAGAAACUGGCUUCUCUUAGCAGACUGUGAGGAGUGAAAUCUGGACCUGCAGUACUCUGUUGGAGAGAUGAGGAUGCUGAGGAUGGUUGGAAUUUAUUUAUACAGUAGACUGUUGUCUAUUGUGAACUGUGGCAAUAUUACUGAUAAGAACUGGCAUGGAUAACAGGAAAAAUGGAAGACUGCCAUGGAAUUAUCAAAUUUGGGUGAUUCCAUCAUCCAUUACCUUUACCCAGCUAGCCAGUUACAGUGGGCAUUGAAUACAGUGGGAAGACCGACCGAAAUGCGUUUCCUUCAGGAGGUGAAAUAUAUUUCCAACAUCACAAAGACCACACACAUAGUUUGAUAAUUAUUUCAGUUUGAGGGGGAAACAAAGUAUGGAUCUCCUAAAUCUUUAUUGCAGCUGCUGGAUGUUUUCUUCCCCUUCCCCACUCCACGAGACAGGUGAACAAGAAAACAUCUGUAUUGAUACCUACACUAUUUCUCUGUUUAAUUCUCUUUGAAAUAUUCAACAAAUAUAUUAGUCUUCAGAUUUUUCUACCAGUGUGUUGAGGAAAGUGAUAGUUGCCCUCUGUUGGUAGCGUUCCCAGCUCCGACAGAAGCAGAUUGAAUUCUCUAUUCACAAUUUUUGUACAAAACUGAUCUCAGGCAACAUUGCAGUAAUAAAGGACCAUACUUUUUUUUUUCUGUUAUAGCCCAUUAACUGUCUUGUGUUCAACUCAACAAACAUUGCUGCGCAAAGUAGGUAAUUUAUCCCAAUCAAUGAUUUACAACCUUUUAAUUACAACAUGAACAUUUUAUACUGGCAUGGACUAGCUGGAAGGAAAUAAUUAGUGUCUAAAACUGGAAUAUAUGCUUUUGAAAAUGGUCAUCUUCAUGAACUUUUGUGCAUACCUUUAUGUUGUCCUGAGGAUGAGAUGGAAUGCCUUAACAUUUCCUCUAACAUCAUCAGGUCAACAUUUUUAUUUGUCCAAUACUUUGUGACCAAAUAUCGGCAAAACUGCAAAAUCAGCCUCAGCUGUACUUUGUGUUUCGUGCUACAGUAAUUAGCAUGACAGCAAAUGUUAGCAUGCUAACAAUGUAAACUAAAAGGGUGAACAUGGUAGACAUUACCUGAUAAUCAUCAGCAUGUUAAAGAAAAAUUAUGGUUUAUUACAACUUUAAUUUUAUUGUUGUUGCUUUGGAUUUCAGAACACAGCGACGUUGCUAAGAAAAAUAAAUCCAACAGUGCAAGCAACCAGCAGUCAGGUUGUAAACAAAUCCUCAGCUUAGCCAAAACACCUGUUUCGCAUGUUAACAGCCCAUUAAAUGGUCAUUAUCAGUUGUUAUCACUACCAUUAUAAUGCUUCAGACAGGGCAAACUACACCUACCCUCACGUUGUGAAACAGUCACUGUUUUAAAGUCCGGGUAAAUCAAAAGCCUCUUAUGCUGUGCUUCAAUUUGCGUACUUCUGUUCUUCUUUUGUACUUAUUUUGUACUUCUGUACUCACCCUCAACGGUCGCUAUCCUGGCUCUGUGAGAGGGGAGGGACCAGCAGUGAUGGCGGUGGCUCCUGUGAACAGCGCACUACACAAAUAUAAGUUAUGAAUGUGAAUUAUUUUUCACUAAGUAUCACUAAACUGUUGUUGGAUAGAAGCCAUCAGUAUGUUUAUUGUGGUAAUUUAGUUAGUCUUUAAUGAUUAAGUACCGCAAACAAUUACUCUGCUAGCUAACAGCGGGGAUCGACAUUUCCGGUGAGUGCACAACAUUACCAUGUUCAAAUUCACGCACUACGUAGUUAAAUGCAUAGUGUACACAGUGUACUACAUUGCCGUGUACUAACCUCAGUAUCCAAAUUAAGUUAAUGGGCUAUUACAGGCAAAAUCCCCAGUAAAGUCCUUUCAGGCAGCGAUGCAACUUACAAUUGGUUUAAGUCAUCUUAACUAGAAGAACAAGGUCUCUAACAGUGGGGGUUCUUCCUUUAUUUUAUUGUUUUGUAUUUCCCCAAAGGCCUGUGAUUCCAAAAACUAAGCUUUUCUGGAUUUAUAAUCAUUUCUACACAAUCAUUGGAGAUAUACAUAGUGAUUUUUGUCUUUGGUAGGAAUGCAACUGAAGUACAGGGCCUGGAAGAUCAAUGCUCUCCCUCCAUAUUCAUUUAUUUUCUUAAUACUUUAUUAUGAUGUACCUUCUCUUCAUCAGCUGUUGAUGGCAGUUCCAGACAUCAUGAGUACUUUUGGGGUUAAUUAGUGUUUGGAAGUGUGUUUGGAAAGAAGAUUCUACAUGAGAUUUAGCAGCAGUAAUGUACACUGUACUUUCUAAAUGUUUAUUGCAGCAAUGGUCAAGUUCUUACAAUUUAAACUGAUCUGUUCAUAGUUUAUGAAUAAGUAAAGGAAGAUUGGAAAGAUAUGUUUAAAGUGCACUAAUAUCAUGUUAUGUUGUGUGCUACAGAAUAUGAAUGAUGUUUUCUGUGUUGCAGUUUGUGUUGCUUCUUUUCAACCAAGAGUGUUAUUAAUAAUAAUAAGUCUCAGAAGAACUAAUGAUAAUUUAGCCAUUCAGCUGUGUCUUAUAUGUGAUGAGUGUGUUGAGGAUGAUCUGGCUAAAGCUACGGAAAGUGUGUGGCAACGAAUUACAGGUAGCCGAUGCAGACUGAGGAGUAAGUAAGAAAUGCUUGUGGUUCUCAGACAAACAUGGCUGAUUACCCACAGGAAUGGGAUUUCAAAGGCCUGAGUCGAAGCCAUUACAGAAGCAAUUAAAGUGGGAUGCGCUGGAGGCCUGCAUGGGCUUUAGCUGCACUCCAGUGUUGCAGCCUAAUGAGGCCUAAUCUGGUGAGCUGGUCUAAUUAAAAGGGAGGGAGCUUUUUCCUGUGGGCACCAGGCAGUCAGCAGUUUGUGCUCUCCAUAGCUGUCUGAGGGUAAAAGGCAAAGUCCAAGUCAGAAAAUGCAUUGUUUUCAACCAUGAAACGUUUCAUAUUCCUCCAUUCCCUGUCCGUUCAAAUUAAAAUAUU